AUGAUUGAACCACCUCUGCAACUUAACGACUCGAAGAACAUGGAUAGCCGCAAAACACCUUCAAUAGCCCCUUCCUCCGCCGCUCCUUCUGCGGCCCCGUCAGCAGCAGGCUCGCCGGUCUUGCAUCCGAUGCCCGGUCAACUUCCCGGUGGCGGGCUUCCCUCCUUAACGGGCCUCUCCGUCCCCGGUGCCAUGAGUCCCAUGCCAUCGGAGAAGAAGUCCAUCUCAUCGAGACUCCAGCGCAUGUUCUCGCAGUCCGACCGGAAACGAGACGAAUCGAGGGCUUCGACACGCGAGCGGGCCGCAGACGGCAACGCCUCCGAUACCGACAGCAGCAUACUAUCAGGCAGGGACAAGGCGGUGGAUCGCAGACCCCCAGUGCCGCAGAGGAAAAAUACCUACCCCGCUAGCCUCUCCUCGCUGGAUAAGACGUCUGGCAGUGCCCUACCGCAACGUUACAUUGUGCAUCCGGAUGGCACGCACGAACAUCACCUCCGAAGCGCGAAACGCCAGGAGAAACUUUCGGGAAUGCUACGGGAUCUGUUGGGCGGGAAGAAGAGGGAUGAAGGAGCGGCGGAACCGGAUCGACUCAGUCUCAUGUCCAAUUGGGUGGAUCAACUCAGGAGCGAAAAGGACAAGCUACCGGUGACCACGGACAAGAAGGCAGGGGCCAAUUCCACGGCUACGUUGGUGGAGAAGUACGGCAAAUGCCAGGAGGUCAUCGGCCGUGGCGCGUUCGGAGUCGUUCGGAUAUCGCACAAAGUCGAUCCCAAGAACGGUCAACAGGAGCAGCUCUACGCCGUCAAGGAGUUCCGUCGGCGCCCUCAGGAAUCGGCUCGGAAAUACCACAAGCGGCUCACCUCCGAGUUCUGCAUCUCUUCGUCGCUGCGACACCCCAACGUGAUCCACACGCUCGAUCUCUUGCAAGACUCCAAGGGCGACUACUGCGAGGUCAUGGAGUUCUGUGCCGGAGGCGAUCUCUACACAUUGGUCCUGACAGCCGUCAAGCUCGAAGUUUCGGAGGCGGACUGUUAUUUCAAGCAGCUGAUGCGCGGUGUCGAGUACAUGCACGAGAUGGGAGUGGCGCAUCGGGAUUUGAAGCCCGAGAACCUCUUGCUCACCACGAACGGAUCACUCAAGAUCACCGAUUUCGGCAAUGGCGAAUGCUUCCGCAUGGCUUGGGAGAAGGAGCCGCACAUGACGUGUGGAUUGUGUGGAUCCGCGCCGUACAUCGCGCCCGAGGAGUACACGGACAAGGAGUUUGAUCCUAGAGCGGUCGAUGUGUGGGCUUGCGGUGUCAUCUACAUGGCCAUGCGUACCGGAAGGCACCUGUGGCGCGUCGCCAAAAAGGAAGAGGACGAGUUCUUUGAGAAGUACCUGGAAGGACGCAAAGAUGAGGAUGGUUACGCACCCAUCGAGAAUCUUCACAGGGCGAGGUGUCGCAAUGUCAUCUACUCAAUCCUUGAUCCUAAUCCUGCGCGUCGGAUCACCGCAUCCCAGGUGCUCAAGUCCGAAUGGGGUAGAGAGAUCAAGCUCUGCAAAGCUGGAGAAGAAGGUCUGCUACCACCUAACCACUAG